UUGUGCUUGCUCACCUGUGUGCCAGAUGGCGAGUUUUCUCUUCUGGAACAAUCAACUCAGCAUGUCUGAAUAUUACCGACGCUUCGCAUGCUCUACUUAUGGAAGGACAAGGACCAACAGCUAACAUGGGAUUUAAGAAGCCUCACAUCGUUGUUGUCUUUGGUCUCGUCGCCUUAGUCGUCGCGCUCAUAUGUCAAAUCAUCGCCGUGGCGGCUACAGGCUGGUACACAGUAAAAAACACUGAUGACACCUACGGGCUCUGGGGCAUUUGUACUCAGGGUGUUUGCUUGGACUACAUGUGGGCGGAUGAUACAAUAAAAGCAACUCGAGCCUUCGCCCUCCUCGGCAUUUUUUUCAUCAUCUUUUCUCUCACUGCUGGCAUCCUCAUCAUGUUUAUUGAGAAGUAUGUGAUGAACCUAAUUGCUGGCGGGGUAGCCAUCGCUGCAGGUGUAUUUGUGGUGGUCGGUAUUGCCAUCUUUCUUGGCUACCAUCUUCACGAUAAAAUUACUGCGGAUACUCUGCACUACUUCCAGCUGUCCUACUGCUUCGCUCUUUCAAUUGUCGCCUUUGUCUUGUGCCUCGCCUCUGGCAUCGCCUUCUUCCUCGCAACAUCCUUUGAGGACCCUGGAUCCUACCUCAUUCCUUCAAAAUUCUAGCAAAGCAUACAGCAUACAUUCAAUCGAGACAUUCAUCCUUUCAUUCCUUUGAAAGAAUUGAAAGAAGCCUUUGUCUUGUGCAUCGCUUCUGGCAUCGCUUUCAUCCUCGCAAGAUCCUUUGAGGACCCUGGAUUACGUAUCCUACCUCAUUCUCUCAAAAUCCUGGCAAAGCAUAUAGCAUAGAGCAAAUCCAGACAUUCAUCCCUUGAAAGAAUUGAAAGAAGAGAUAUUCACCUUUUUUUUUUUUUUUUUACUGGGAUGUUACUUUCUCGCUGUUGCACAAUAAUCUUGUUGUCUCGCCACAUUUUCUUGUUUUAUUAGAUUGGGAAUUUCAAGGACUGAAACGAAUGCGAUUUGGUUUGACAUCAGUUGAAGUUGUGGCUCCUUCAGAAUUAUGCAUUUCGUAAUAAAGGUCUUUGAAAAUCCGGUGUACAUCUGUGUGCGUUUAUGUCUGAGAACAUUUUCCCAUCUGUAACAUCAGUAUGAAGCAGCUGCUUAUGUCAAACACCAGACGGAGUGAGUAUCGCUGAUAUCACACAGAGUUCUGUUAAUAUCCUCGAGCUACCUUGAUUGAAUGUAAUAAUCUAAAUGGUGUGCAUAUAUUUUUUUAGUGCUGACAUCUCCAGGAGGAAGAGUAUAAAACAGUGGA